AUUAGACGAGGCUCAGCACAUGGUUUGCACCAACAUUUACACACACCUCACUAGAGGAUGGGACUCCCUACAGGCUCCGUUUCUGUGCAAGGUCCAUAUGUCGAGUCCUUGGACUUCUGUUGACUUCAUGUGAAGCCCCCAUUCCUUCAAAACACACCUGGUUUGAAUCAUUGUCCUUGUCUGCGUUCUCCAUUGGCUCUCGCCCUUUCACGUUCACACUCGCCUCACCUGUGCUGACGAGUCCAGCGUGUUUUCAUGUUUUCUGUGUCAAUUUAAUAAUCCCAACAGCUCGAUAUUGCGAGCAGAGCGUUGUAUUUACCUGCAUGCGACAUCGGCAAUCACAUCACGGACGGACUAGGUGGUACGACCAGAGACUGAGAUCGACAUCACGGCCGUGCUGUGUCUCGCAGAGCCACCAUGGUUGAGUUGAUCCCUCCCCCAGAUCCUCUAUCACUACUUCCUCCUUUACUCGCAUGUCUCCCUACUUCCUUCGCAUCUCCAAGGCCGCCACCGGCUCUCCUGCCCCUCUUGUCACCGAUCCUAAGGCAGCGUCUGAACCUGAACACUUCGGGGGCUUCUCGAGACAACUGGUCUCCUCUGUUGACAUGGGAUGUCGAAAAGGGAGACGCACUGAAGGACACCAUUGAGAAUACCGUUUUUGAACCACAUCCCGCAUCAGGAGAGAUUGAAGUGGGCGAGGUAGCACCCAUCACAUACAAGAGAUUCGACGAAGAGACAUUGAAAGCCCAGGUAUCCCUUCAAGACUGGCCCUUUACCGUGCUGUACCUUUGGUGCACGGGAGGCGAGGACGGCAAUGGAUGGAGGGUCAGCGAGCUUUUCCCUUUUAGCCACGAACUACAGAGUGAUAGCACAUGGUCACGAUCGAUUUCUGAGGCUAACGAAAGCUCACGAGCAAGACUUGUGGACGAGGCUAUCAGAGACGCGGAUAGAGCGAGUGCGGCACAGACGGCAGCACGCAGGAAUCUGGGAGUCCAGCAGACAACCGAUGAAGAUGACUAUUGGGCCAUGUACGACAAGUCUGAAGGCAGAACACCUGCCCGGCAAGGCUCGAUCGAGCCGACUGGACAGACUGCCGCUUCCGAGGACGACUAUUACAAUCGUUAUGGCAGUGUCCAACCCGCAGUUGAUGCACAUGAUCCCGACGAGGACGUACAAGGUGCCACCGAGUCGAGUCUGAACGGCAACGCCCUUGAGAGCUUCCUCUCGCGGCAACUCGAGACCCAGGGAGGCCUUCAUGGUGCAGCAUAUCCUAGCGGCCUGGACAGACACGACCCAGAAGAUUAUGUGCAGGUCAAUCAACCUAUACCAUCGUCUCCGUCCUCAAGGGGUUCAGACACGAUCGCUCGUCUCGAAGAACACGCUGAGCGACUGGGAGCCUCUGAUAUUGGAAUCCGACAGCAUAUUGGAAGCACCGUCAAAAGCAUGUAUCGCUUGGCCAAAAGUGCUGGGAUGGAGCGAGACGAAUUCGAGCGACUUGUCCAGCGGGAAUUGGAAACCCUGAGUAUUUAUGAUAGAAAUGACUGAGGGGGCCGCUGGCAACGGUGGUAGGCGACCUGGAAAGGGGUCGAGGUCUGUUGAACAGAAUUGAUGUAUUGCGUCCAAAUGUGGCCUGAAGUGACCCGUGGAAGCCAUCUGGUUUACCUACUGAAUUAAAUAGUUUUGCUGUUUAUCCAACACCGAGGCAUUUAAUGA